GGCCGGAAGUGCCGCUCCCUAGUGGGGGCUGUUCAUGGCGGUUCCGGGGUCUCCAGCCUUUUUCCCAGUUGUUCUAAAUCAGUUGGAAGCGGAGGCAGCGAAGUUUGAGGUUCUCGCUGGUGUGAAAUGACUGAGUACAAACUGGUGGUGGUUGGAGCAGGUGGUGUUGGGAAAAGCGCACUGACAAUCCAGCUAAUCCAGAACCACUUUGUAGAUGAAUAUGAUCCCACCAUAGAGGAUUCUUACCGAAAACAGGUGGUUAUAGAUGGUGAAACCUGUCUGUUGGACAUACUGGAUACAGCUGGUCAAGAAGAGUACAGUGCCAUGAGAGACCAAUACAUGAGGACAGGCGAAGGCUUCCUCUGUGUAUUUGCCAUCAACAAUAGCAAAUCAUUUGCAGAUAUUAACCUUUACAGGGAACAGAUUAAGCGAGUAAAAGACUCCGAUGAUGUACCUAUGGUGCUAGUAGGAAACAAGUGUGAUUUGCCAACAAGGACCGUCGACACAAAACAAGCCCACGAACUGGCCAAGAGUUAUGGGAUUCCAUUCAUUGAAACCUCAGCCAAGACCAGACAGGGUGUUGAAGAUGCCUUUUACACACUGGUAAGAGAAAUACGUCAGUACCGAAUGAAGAAACUCAACAGCAGUGAUGAUGGGACUCAAGGUUGUAUGGGGUUACCGUGUGUGGUGAUGUAACAAGAUACUUUUAAAGUUCUAGCAUCAGAAAAGAGCCACUGUCAAGCUGCACUGACACCCUGGUCCUGACUUCCCUGGAGGAGAAGUGUUCCUGUUGCUAUCUUCAGUUUCACAAAGAAGCUCCUGCUAUUUCCCCAACUCUCUGUAGAUCAGUACAUUAUUCUCUGUUUGAGAAGUUCUCCGAAUAACUACCUCCUCACUUGGUUGUCUGACCAGAGAAAUGAACCUCUUGUUACUCCCCACUGUUUUUCCACCCUGGUUCUCCCCCAGCACAUAUAAACAAACCUCCCAGGUUUUUCAUCUGAAAAGUAAUUCAUGCUCUGAAACAGAGAACCAAACUGUAGACAUGAAAUUCUGUAGGAAACAAUGUCUUGAGCUCUAAAGUAGCAACUGCUGGUGACUUUUUUUUUUUUUUCCUUUUUACUGUUGAACUUGGAACUAUGUUGGUUUUUGGAGAAAUGUCGUAAGUUACUGUUUUGCUGAGUAUAUAGUUAAGUUUACCAUUCGGUUUGUUUGUAAUGUUAUUGGCUAUACUCUAUACCUGGCAUCUGCUCUGCAUUCAUAAAAACAAAAGUGAAUUCUGACUUUUGAGUCUAUCCUAGUGUUCUCAAC